ACACAAACCAUUCGAACAUCACCGCAGCAAGGAUUGCUUGUUUACGGCUAAAAAAAAUCAUUUUUCUUGUCAGUUGAGUGGCCUUGUUUAUCGUGGACAACAGUUUUGUUUACAUUCUGUUGAUCGCUUAAGGCUAAAUAUACAACGAGUUUAGAAGACUACCGAAUAAAUCAUUUAGAGAAAAAAACGAUAUUAGACAGAUGCUCUAUAAAAAAAUUGUUGAUUUUGCGGGUGGUCACCUAGUGUUAUGACAUUUUAAACGAAAAGUUGAUUGAACCGGUAGAAAAAAUUGUGUCUAAACCAGUUUUGCGGGAGUUGUUUACGUUCUAAUAUUUGUUUAUGGUGCAUUCAUAUUGGAAAUAUCCAAAGAUCAAAACAUUUCGAAUCUGUACGACUGAAUUGAAAGUGAACAAGUGUUCAGCUGCACGUACGCAUUGUUGUUCUAGUCGUGCAAGACGAAAUGCGCGCUAUCCCUCACUCCAAAGGAGAAUCGCGCCGUCACAAUACUAAACGGAUUAACAAGUUCGCAACACUCUUUAUGGGGCAAAUACAAGCACACAAGACCACUUCAUUAUCUCUCUUCAUGCAACUAAUACAGAUGUAAUAGCAACGCAUACGUACACGAUUGCAUAAAUUUGCGAACGAAACGAUAACGUAACGCAUAUAUAGCCAGAGCGUUCAUAUCGCUACACUGCUGUGUUGAAAAUAGAAAUUGAUACUUUUAUUUCGGUUACGUUCAGUGUGUGUGGUGGGCGAAAACAGUGUGGAACCAAAACACAAAUACAAACGAAUCGAACGACAAGGCAAAUCACACUUCAACCGCAAUGCGAAUUGAAAACAAAAACAAAAUAAGACACCAAAAAUAAAAACUACAACGUGCACAGAGACUUUUUACAUAUGAACGAAGUAAAAAUUGAUUUUCGCAUAGAAUUCGUAUGUCAUUCGCACCCAAGACAGCCACUGCUUGAGUUGUGUUUGUUCGACCAGAAAUAUUUUUUUCGCUUUUUUCGUGCUGAAAUAACGCAUAAAAGAUUUGAAAUCCAGUUUCAAAAAAGACAUUUGUUUGCCGAGCUCAUAGCCGAUGUUUUUGAGCUGCUAUCAGUACUGAGGAUCGACAUCUACGGUUCUACGCACACAUGUGAUCUCAACUCAAGAAUUUUUUUUCGGUUUUCUGUUUCAUUUUCGCGUUGUUUUUGUGUUCAAACGCACGUUCAUACAUUACAUUUUAUAUAUACUUCGACUUUUGGGCGCGAUUAUUUUCCAUAAUUUUUCGUUGAUCGACACCGCCCGAGAUAGUCACAGUCGACGGCUGAUGCGCUGCUGUUUACCCAAGUGACAUGUCAAUACUUUCAGUUUACUUGUGAAAUCGUUCAGCUAUAAUUAGACUAUAAAAAUUCAGACGGUGAAUUAUUGCGCAGGAAAAAAGGUUAACAAAAUGGUUCUCUUUAUCAGAAGUGCACAAAAUUUGUUGCAGCGAAUGCCACAAACCAGAUUUUAUUCGAAAAUCUUUUAUCCAAACUCAAAUAGCAGUGAAGUUUUUCUGAGCUAUUUAACGGAAGAUGAACACAAAGGUAUUGCCAUAAUCGGUCUGAAUAAGCCGGAGUCGAAAAAUGCAUUCAGCCGAUCGAUGGUGAAUAAUUUAGCUGGUGCAUUGGAUGUGCUGGCUCACGAUAAAAAUGUACGCGUAGUGAUAAUCAGAAGUAUGCUGCCGAAUGUAUUUUGUGCGGGCGCUGAUUUAAAAGAAAGAGCCACAAUGACGCCACAAGAAGUACAACGAUUUGUAACGAGUCUUCGAGGUCUACUGAAAAGUAUUGAAAACCUGCCGGUACCAGUUAUCAGCGCUGUGGAUGGCGCUGCACUUGGUGGUGGACUAGAAAUGGCCCUUGCCUGUGAUAUUCGCACUGUGUCAAAUGAAGCGAAAUUAGGAUUAGUUGAAACAAAAUUAGCUAUAAUACCCGGAGCGGGUGGAACUCAACGGCUUGCCCGAAUUGUUGGACCGGCCAAAGCAAAAGAGUUGAUCUUCACUGCCAAAAUUUUGAAUGGAACUGAAGCAACAAAACUGGGAAUGUGCAAUCACGUGGUGGAACAGAAUGAAACAAAAGAUGCUGCCUAUAAUAAAGCCGUUGAUAUCGCAACGGAAAUUCUGCCAAACGGUCCAAUCGGUGUGCGUAUGGCAAAGAAAGCAAUAGAUCACGGUAUACAGGUUGAUAUUAACACGGGCUAUGCUAUUGAAGAGGCCUGCUAUGCCCAAGUGAUUCCAACAUCAGACAGACUCGAAGGACUGAAAGCAUUUGCGGAAAAGCGAAAACCAAAAUACAUAGGGGAAUGAUACAUUAUCGCUAGUUAGCACAUAGUAAACACGAUAUUCUUUAUGACUUUUUAUAUAUAUAUAAUCGAAUACAUGGAUUUUAUUUUUGGUUCCGUUAA